AUGGCCGGCAGCAGUAGAGCCGCAGUCUUCUUAGCGUCACUGCCACCGGUGAAUACCGGUGACAGGAGUUUUUGGGACGUGGCCGACGAUUCGACGCAUUCGAUUCAGCCAUUUGCAAAUGUGCUGGAGGUUGCCUCCGACCUGGCACGUUUCCUCAACUUUGCCUGGCCUUACGGCAUCAAGGCCAGGAGCACAUCUCAGAACAUUUAUGCGGAUCUAGAGUGCACAGGUGCCCAACAGUGCACGCUUGUUGCAUUCAGGAGCUCACUUGCUUUGAAGACAGUCAGGGCCUUGAACGCGCAGUCUCCCGGCAAGUGCUGUGCCGAAAACGAUGAGAUCAGCAGGCUGCAGAAGGAAGAGCCCGGAGCAAACAAUCAGGCUUUCCUUGCCAAGCUAAACAAGGCCGACAGCAACUUUCCGUCUGUCAAGAAGGCCCUCAAGACAGGGGCCAAAAUUGAUUGGAGAAAUCCGGAGUGGGAUGGCGCGACGCUUCUAUUGCGAGCAGCACGCACUGGUUCCCUGGAGCUUGCUAUGUUCUGCCUUUCGCAAGCAGCCAACAUCUCUGAGAGAGACAACUCUGGUAGAGGGGUCUUGCACUGGACAGCUUUAUCUGGCAAUAAUAGCUUGAUGCAAUAUUUGCUGACAGAAUACCGCGAGCAACUCAAUGUUGCCCAAGAAGAUGGUGGUGGCGACAGUCCGCUCCAUCUUGGCGCAUAUGCUGGUCACCUUGGUGUGGUGCGGCUUCUACUGCGAGCUGAUGCCAAAGAAACCACAAAUGCCGGUGGGUUCACUCCAACACAGCUGGCAGAGGCAAAGCGUAUGUGGCAUGUGGUGCGACAUCUCCGCGAGAACCACAACGAUGAUAUGGUGAAGGAACGUCUGGGCCACAUUUUGAGACACAACAAGACCGAAGAGGCUGAGGAGGAGUCCGUGUCCUUGCGUGAGCUGGUGUUUCGACCCUGCGACAUUGACAAAGCAGACCAGCUGAUAGCUUUGAAGGAUGACUGA